AUGGAGGGAAAGGAGGAUAAGCGGCAACAGCAUAAAAAAAUAGAGGAUGCUGGUAUAGAGUAUGUAACUGAAAAAAAAGAAGAAAUCAAAUAUGAUGAAAAACCCGGGAAAAGUGUACAACGUUCAAAACCAUGUGUCGGGAGAGGACGUGUAUAUUAUGCAAAAUUCAUUCAUACAAAUGCAAGAACAUUGAAUGAACCAGUUCCUUACAUAGAUCCCCAAAAAGGGCCAGAAAAACAGGGUGACUGGUGGUCGCACAGUAAAGGAAUGGAACACCCCUUCCAACCACCUUAUGACACUAAGAGCACUCAGAGGAGUGACUUUCAAAAACCAACAUGUCCAUUGGUUUUGCCAGUCAAACACAGCAAGUUGCAAAAGCCUUCUUGUGGAAUAGUUCCACUUGCCUCUCCUGAAGCAUCAGCAGAACUUCAAAAGAAUUUUAUAGAACGCAUCUCUUAUUUACAUCAAUAUGAUGCUAGGAAAAGUCCCAAUGAGCCCAUCCCGGGACAGCGACAUGGAGCUUUUGUGCAGACAGAGAUAAAACCAGGGAGUAGGCCAAUAGUUCCUACGGGAACAGAGGUAUUACGGAACGCUGCGGGGUCAUGCUCAUCAGAACAGUCCAAAAAAACAGAGAAAGGAAACUCAGCGGAAAGCAAAAUGAUCUCACCAGGUCUCUGCCGACAAAAUUCCCCAGAGCUGUUAGAGACUGAAACUCACUUAUCAGAAACAGACGUCAGAGGGGCAGCCAAGGCAUGCCCCAGAAGUCCUGAGAGAAGAGAGAAGGCUGCAGACACCUUCCAAAUAACUGCAGUAAAUGCUCUUCUCCCCAGGCAUGAUCCUUUAAAUCCACCAAUAAAAAGCCAGAAUAAAUCAGGAUAA